AUGGACGAGGUGACAUUGUUUAACAGGAUAAGCUGUUACAUGUAUGUUCCUUUAGAAGUCGAUGGGAAAGUCGCUAGGCGGCGGUUGGAGCGCCCUCCCGCGGAGCUGAAAGUCAGAGGAUGUCAGAAGAGUCUGCCGCGUGUUUUGUUGAUUGGGGUGAAGGAGGGUGGCACAACUGCCAUGGGCAAAUACCUGGGACUACAUCCAUCGAUCUCUUACUCCUAUCCUGUGCAACCGGGUCCUAAAAUCACCAAUGAAACAGUAGAGGCUUGGAAAGGGACGUUUCAACUGACUUCCUACAAGCAGCUGUCCUUUACUGGCCAUCAUAGUUUCUUCGCAGACGCAAAGCCUCAAUUGUUUCAGAUGGUGCGCAAAUAUCUCCCCGAUGACGUCAAACUGAUUUUGAUGCUACGCGAUCCUGUUAAACGUCUUGUGUCCGAUUACGUACGCACGCUGAGUAUCGCUGAAAGUUUGGCCGGGGACGAGCGAAAACAGUACGAAGAUAACGAAGGGUUAAAGGGCAGCUUAGAAGCUACCCUAUUGGAUGAAACGGGUCACGUGAACCCCUUAUCACCCAUAGUACGACAAGGAAUGUACAACAUAGAUUUACAUACUCUCUACCAACACAUCCGGAAAGAGAGAAUUCUGAUCAUAGAUGGAAACGCGUUCAGAAAAGACCCCUACCCCAGUCUGGUCGAAGUGGAACGAUUCUUAAACUUGCCGCCAUUUCUCAAACGUCGCCAUUUUGUUUAUGACGAGGUCAAGCGUGUUCACUGUGCAAACGUGUCAAGUAGACCUGAUGUUCGGUGCGUCAUUCCUCUCAAGGGUAAAUCUCUUCCUGCCAUCGACGAUGACUUGUUGCUUAAGUUAUAUAAGUUCUUUCAGCCCCACAAUACGCAACUGGAGAAGAUUUUUGGAGUGAAAUUCCCUUGGGUUUAUCGUCCUCCUACAUACAUCUAUCCGGACUAG